CAGCCGUUUGACAUGCUAGAUAUGUGUUUGUAAAAGCAGUCGCUACUAAUUUUCAUUUUCAGAAAAAUGAAUAAUGAAGAUGCAGAUUUGGAAAUAGACAAAAUAUGCCGCUGUUGCAUGUUUCAAAAUGAGAGUAUGCACAACAUAUUUGAAAGCAAAAAUCCGGCUAAUCAUGGGGCAGUUCUAUUAUCUGAAAUGCUGGUGGCUUGUGCCUCAGUUGAGGUUAAAAUGGAUGAUUCCCUACCAAAAAACCUGUGUGAAGUAUGUACAGACAAGCUCAACACUUGCUAUGAAUUCAGAACACAAUGUCAAAAAUCCGACUCCAGGCUGAGAAAACUGACCACCUCAGAAUCAAAAACAUCCACUAAGCAAGAAAACAUUGUAGUACAUCCUGAUGUACCUGACGACUUAUUUGAUGAAGAGGAUGAAAUUCCCCUUAUCCAUCGGAGAGAAAAAAGGAAAAAAGAUGACAAGAAGGAUAAAAAGGAAGAUUUGAUAGAAUGUAAUGUGUGCCAUAAGGUACUGUACUCAAAGAAAGGCCUGAAGAUUCACAUGAAACAACAUGCUAGUGAUAAGGUUAAGAGUUGCCUAUUUUGUGAUGCAAAGUACACUCGUACCAAUCAUUUGCUGAAGCACAUUAGCACUCACGAUAAGCUUGGUGUUAGACAUCCAUGUGAGCAGUGUGAGAAAACUUUUGAUGCUGCACAGGAGCUUUAUCAGCAUUCUAAGGAACAUGACGAGGUUGCAGAUGAGAGGAUCAUAAAACAGGAAGAGACUGACAUCCCAACAGAAGUAAAGACAGAACAAAUUGAAAAUGGUGAGGAACAGAUCAGAGAACUGCUGAAUGAGUCUGCACCUGACUCUGAUAAGAUGGUAGUUGCAGAACAGUUUGAUGAUGAUGUCAUGAAUGGCAAUGAUUUUCCAUUCAGCGAUGAUGGUGAUGACAGAGGAGAUGAGAGUGAUGAUGACUUUUUAUUGGACAAGCCCAAGGCUGGGCCUAAGGCUAAGAGUACCGAGAAAAAAGGUAAGAAAGGAAAGAGGAAAAAAUCAGAUGAUGACAAAGCAUUGUUUGAAUGCAAGGAAUGUAACAAAUUUAUGACUACAUAUUUAGGAUUGAGAGUACACAUGAGAAGGCACACUGGUUCAGAUUUAUCAAUGUGCAAGUUGUGUAACAAAACAUUUAUAAGAAGGAGUCAUCUCAUAAGGCACAUGAAAUCUCAUGGAAUUGAAGAGGCUGAUAUUGAGAAACACAUUCAAGCUGCUUUUGAGGGCAAAGAAAAAAGGGUUAUGGAAUGUGAUUUCUGUGACAGGAAAUUCAAGUAUAGAAAAAGCUUUCUACAUCACAUGCAAGCUGAACACGCGAUGUCUGAUGAUAGUGAUAUCGAAAAAACAGGUACUGAAGCUGAAAGGCAAAAGAGUGGAGGCAAGCCUGAUGGUAAUGUGUUAAUGAGAGAGUUUGACGAAGGUGCAAAUGAGGGGCAUAAUGAAGAAGGAAUAGAGGGAGUUUACCCUGUGAAAGCGCAACCGCCCGGUGAAGAUGACGAGGAAUGGAAUUUGCCAGAGCCUGAAAAUACCGAGAAUGUUGUCACCAAGAAACCUAGGAAUAAGAAUCAGGUGUGUCAUGUAUGUGGAGCAUUGUUUGCUAGGGUGAACCAUCUGACGCGGCACAUGACCCUCCAUCGUAACGUUCUCACCCACUCUUGUGACCAAUGUGACAAAGCGUUCAUUAGCGAGGAGCACCUGAAACACCACGUGGAGAAGGACCACGUGAACAAGCCGUACGUGUGUACGGUGUGCAACAAGCCGUUUAGCAGAGGAGAACAUCUCAUCAGGCAUCUGAAGGUACACCAGACCGGUAACGAGGAGGAGAGCAUUACGGUUUUGAGGUGUUCCAUUUGCGAUAGUACAUUUACGAGGUCGGACCAUUUAGCACGUCACACGAAGAUACAUUUACUGCAGGACAAGCGUCACGUAUGUGUCGAUUGUGGCAAAGCGUUCAACAGACUGGACAACCUAAAGACCCAUCAACGCAUUCAUACUGGAGUUAAGGAUAAUUCUAAACUACAUCUUUGUAUAUAUUGUGGCAAAGAGUUCAAUAAUUCUAGUAAUAUGAUUGUACAUAUGAGAAGACAUACGGGUGAGAGACCAUACAAGUGCAGUGAGUGUGGAAAAGGCUUCCCUAGAUCACAUGAUCUGAAAUGUCAUGAAAGGACGCAUUCUGGAGAAAAGCCAUAUCUGUGCACCCUUUGCGGCAAAUCUUUCAACAAAAGCAACAAACUGCUACGUCAUAGUCGCGUGCACACUGGAGAACGGCCAUACGUAUGUAACAUUUGCGGCAGAGCAUUCACCCAAUCAAAUGAUUUGGCUCUGCACAUGCGCAGACACACCGGAGCUCGGCCUUAUGCUUGUGGUGUUUGCCCUGCUAGGUUUAUCCAAAGCGCACAGCUCAAAAAUCAUCGAAGAACAACAGGUCACUGGAUGGACACACAACCUGAUCUUAAAGGUGGCCAUAGAGUGGAACCUGUCACACCCGCUCACGAACCAGCACCAAUAAGGUUCAAAUCUUCCAGAUGGGCUGCUGAAGAUAGGUUAGGAGGGAUGAAGAAGGAAGAUGAUGCUUCUGAGGUGGUUUCCAAGUCGGAAGGUCAAUUAAUAAUGCAGUCUCAGCCGGGUGGAGAAACUGGUCAGCCAGGUGCGUUAUCUGUGGAUAUCCAACCUAUGCAAGGAGGUCAACCCCAACGGAUUCUCAUGGGAAUCAUGAGCAACAUUAAGCUACAGAAUGAGGUUCAACCUUUGCUGAUCGACGGAAACAAGCUAGUAGAGCUGCACCAAGCAAGUUUAGUGAACCUUAGCACCGUUAUCCAGACGAGCGCCGGCGAGGAGAUCAAAUUAAAGUCUGAAGCGGGUAACGGCGGAAGCGGGGGCGGGUACCCUGUGACAGUCCCUGGCAAACCGGAGGAUACGGCGGAGGCGGGCGGCUCGUACCAGGAUGCAGCUGUUAUUUAUUCCGGCGAACAUACUCCUACGACGUAUACGACCAGCGAGGCGUUCAAUUUCCAAAACUACCAUUAGGUAAUUAAUGUUUUAAUUGUAAUUCGAUCAGAUAGAUGGUGUUGGCGGUGUGGCUAUGGUUUUCUGGCGAGAGCGAAUUGACAAGAGUAUAAUCAAAAUCACGAAAGAUGACUAUUACGUCUUUCCAUUAAUUGUAUUGAAGUAAUCAAUGGACGUACGUCGAUGAUAUAAUGACAGGAACAUAAUGACAACAAAUCUAUACUUAUUAUGAUUUUUCGAAGUAAGGUUAUUUCACUGAUUAUUUUUAUUUUCAUUUUAUUUCAUGGUUUUGAGUGAUACCUUAAUAAUAAUUGAAUCGGCGUUUACAGAAACGACACAUGUCCAAAAAAGUGAUUUUCGAGGAAAUGGGGGCAAGAUAUAUUCAUAAAAAAAGUCCUAGAGGGGCAAGAAUUUAUAAGUCUUUUUAUUCAACUUUAAAGCAUCAAAACAGCUAAACAAAAGUUAUAAAACUACAUAAAAAAUAAACUAGAAUAGUUAUUUUAACAAUUUUUGUGGUAAAACUGGUGGUACAGUUUAUGUACCAGCGCACAAUAACAACACUAAAAUAUAAAUUAUUUUCUAUGAUAAUCUUGAAUUCUUGAAAGCAAGUUUUGUCUUUUCCUAGACACAGAGGUACUUCGCACACUGAGCAAAUCCAGUCAGUCCUAACCUGCUUUUUUGAGGUGCUACACCUAGCACAUCGGCGUCUGGUGUCCCUUUUAGGUUGAUGCGCACUCUCAGUGAUUCUCACUUCCACAGGCACAUAUGGUUUUUGCUUUUUUAUAGCCACACCAGUAGAUGAAGAUGAUUGUCUUUUUUUUGCCACGAUGGUUUCUGCAACCAAGAAAUUAAUCACCUCUCUUCUAAAGUCCUUCAUUGACAAUUUUGGCAUGUUAAGUUCUUUAUAUAAGUCAAACGAAUUUACAAGUGCUGCAUCGAGGAAAUAGAAGAAAAUGCGGUGCCACCACUUCUUUGCUUUCCGGUCAAUCUUAUAAACGUUAAGAUUUUGAUCGAAUUUGUCUACAAAGUUCAUGUUCUGAUUAUAAUCGAUCAAUGCAAUCGGACAGGGGACUUUCUCAAUGACACCAUUUUUGUUUUUCAUCUCAACUUCUGUAAAACCUGUGGGAUCAUGAAAAUUUGAUAAAAGGUGAACACUUCUUUUGUCACGCCAUUUUAUAGCUACCGAAUUAGUGUUCGAAGUUAGAAUCUGAGAUUCACCACGUUUUAAAGCUUUAUCACUUGUGAAAUUGGGAAGUAAUUUCCUAUUCGGAUUGACUGUGCCACAAGCGUGAAGGUUUUUUGCUUUCAGAUCUUCUAAGAGCUGAACGCUAUUAAAAAAAUUGUUGAAGUAGACAAUGUGAUGCUUGUCUUCCAUGCCAUUGAGGAGAUAUUUUACUACUCUUGCACCUAAAGAUUUUUCUGUAUCUUCUGAUUUUCCUGUAUAUAUCUGGAACUUCUGACAAUAUCCAUUCUUGUUCUCCAGUAUCCAUACCUUAUACCCUCUCUUGAUCAGUGUUUUGGGAAGGUAUUGCUUCAGAGAACUCCUACCCUUGUAUUUAAUCAUUGAUUCGUCAAUGCUUACCUCCCUGGUUGGAUUCAUGCAACGUUCAAAAUUUUGAGACAAUGCUGUUAGCAAAGGCCUUAGCUUAUACAGCUUAUCGUAACCAGCUUCACCCUUUUUUGGCAUUAUUGCAUUAUCAUUCAAGUGGAUAUUGGAAAGAAGCCAACUGAAUCGUUUUACAGGCAUCAAGGAGCUUAUAUACGAGUCGCGAAAUUCCGGGGAACUGCGCCAGUAAUCUCUAUAGCUGGGUGAUUUCUUCAGCCCCAUUAGUAAAUUGAUACCUAGAAAAGUUUUGAUUUCCGUGCGGUUUGUGGUUUUGGGUUUGAUAGAUGUUUGCUGACUAUACAAGUUUGUCUCAAACACAAUUAAAUCUAACAGAUCAUCGUCAAAAAACAGCUGAAAUAAUUUCCCAGGUGUGGGUGAUUCUGAAUCCUUCACUAUAUUUGUGAUUCCAGAAUCGGCAACAAAAUCUUCAGGGCUUUUUGGUGAUGUACUGGUUGACCAAUCUCUGGUACUGGAUAGUACACGUAAUCGUGCUUGUAAAACUGCAAGUGGUUCGUCGUCUGAAUCGCUAUCGGUGUCUGCUAUAUUCAAAUCAGCAUUGGUUCUUUCUGUAAUUUCAUAUUCAUCUUCAGAUACAUCCACAAUUGAUUCAGAAUCAGAAGGUAUAGGAUCUGCGUCCAAAUUUUCGAUCUCGUGCAACAACUCAUCAUACGUCAUGCCGACUAACUUGAAAGGUAAUUCAUUCAUGGUAAUGGAUUUAUUCCACCUGCAAACAAAACGUUUAGGGGCGAUGGUACAAAUAUCGUACCACAACAAUUCGUAGGCUAUGAAAGCCAAAAAAAAAUUAAACCGUAGUUAUUUGUCAUUUGUAUAUUCUACAGAUUGUACUGUUUGACUUAGCAUGCAAACAACAAGAAAGCUCUAUAUUUUAUUUACCUUUGUUCACCUCUGAACUUAAAAACACUAUAAUUUACGUUUGAAAACAAUUGACAUAACCUCAAACCAGCCUACAUUGAACGCCGCCGGCAGAAUACUAAGAAUGCGUUUCCCUAGCAUCAAGUAAGCGCCAAUCACCGUUGGUCGACGAUUUAGACCGCUGCCAUUAAUACAAUAUGCAUUUGAUUAAGUGGUACAUUUUUUAAGCCACUGCCCAUGUAAACGUUUUUUUUUUUCGGUACACUUUUAGUACCACUUACAUUGAAAGAGUUAACGGUUGGAAAUCAUAGUUUAAGGCGGCUGUAAUAUCUUCUAAUAUUUAAUUUUGGUCAAAAUAAAAAGUAAAAGUUUGUACAGCCUUCUAAAGAACUGGACAUGUGAGCUUUCUGCAUAGCGUAGGAUGAAAUUGAAAUACUUUUGUCUAAUGGAACGUGAUUAUUUAUUACAAAUUGAAAUAAACAUGUAAUUUCUAAUUGGAAGUAGUUGGCCAACUAAGGAUUGAAGUAUAGAAUUCUUGAUAUUCAUCUUCUACAAACGCUGCACAUUUUCUUAUGUGUUCCAUUUUUGUCAUCUUUAUAGGGACUUUUCCCAAUGGAUAGGCCUGUUGAGAAGGUAACGCUACUGCAGUCUUCCCUGACUGUUGGCGUUUGAAUGUGUGUUGGAAACCCCCGUCUAUGAAUUGCGAAGCCUCGACGCAACCCUUUCUUUGUGUGUCGUAACUAAAUUGUGUGAAAUGGACCUUUAACUUACGUGGUGUAAUGUUGGAAGAAGUUUCCUCAGAUAUUACGUUUUUUUGUAUAGUUUUGGCCACCACUUUUUAAAGUUUAUAAUAUCUUUUGUUUAUACUUCUUUAACGGUAAAUUUAUUCGACUUGCUGCUCAUUACAAUCAAUUCGGCUAGUUGAUGAACCGUGGAGAUUCUGUCAUGUUUUUUUAGUUUUCUCUUCACAAUAGCAAAGUCUCUAUCACAGGGAAGGAAAGAGUGACCUCUUAUAGGAAAAUAGUGUACGAUUUUGGAAAACUGGCCACUAUCUGCCAGUGCAAGAAGCAUGCGAACCAAAGUGUGAUUCUUAUUUUGUCCCCAGCAGUUGUCACUGUAUAUGUGGAUCUCAUUUAUAUUAUUUCUGGGAACAUCCUUAAGGUCAUCCAAAAGAAAAGAGCAAACCUCGUUGGCAGUUUUCUUCGCUUGCCUUUCAUGAUAUAUAUACAUUCGUGCAGUAUUUUCCUUAAUAUUAUGUAUACAAAACACCGAAAUGUAAAUAAAAAACAUCAUCUACAGGUGUUUUUGGCAGCUGAACAUUUUGCCUAAAGACGAAAGCUAAAGCUACAAUAUUUUUUGAAUCACAAGGUUCAUUAGACUUGCUUUUCAGUUUUGCAUAAAAUUUUUUAGUUGGCCAUUUAUGGACUAGCAGCUCUGCAACUGCUGCUCGUUUGGCAGUAUCAUUUAAGUGCGUGUUUUUUAUUUUGUUGCUUAAAGUCUCACAUGUUGCACACAUAUCAACUUGAGGGCGUCCGAAUCUCAAAGAAAAAAUUUCUCGAAAAUACUUUGUGUAAUAUGGGUAGCUGACUUUCAAUGUGGGGUAUUUUUCCUUAAAUAAGUCGUACAUAAUCUUUAAAUUCAGCUCACUAUUUAAGUACUUAACUUCUCGAUUUGCAUAAUGGCUUAAUUUAACGGGAAACGACUGAAUGUGUUCUCGAACAGCAAACUGAACUUCUUCGCCGAGUUUAUUACCACUUGGAUUUUUUCCACGUAAGUCUCUAGGGGAUUUUCCUAGCACGGCAAGAUCUACCUCUUAACUGCUACUAGCGAUUUACACUACCUGCCUGUAGGGGUGUGCUUAACAGUGAAAUUUUAAUAUCGGUGAUCACUGCGACUGCUAUCAAAAAGUAGCUGCUACUGCAAGCUGUGAAAUUAUCACUCUUUAUAUAACAGUAACUAUCACCUAAAAUUCCGCGUAACGUAAUAAUUAAUGAAGUCCUCUGCGAAUAUGAAUAAUAAAAUAUUUGCGUUUAGCGUUACUUACUAGUCUUUACUACUCAGCCUUCAGCUUUCUGCGAUUUGACCGUUCCGAGAAUGAGUGAAUGAGUAAAAAAAUACCUUUAAAUAGUAUUUAUAAUUAGGACAUGGCUAUAUGAAGUACAUAUAUUUAAUUUGGAAAAAAAUAUAUAUGUAAUUUAAACAAUUUACAAAAUAAAAAGGUAUGAACAUCGUAACAAAAAAUCAAAGUAACAAAUAGUAAAACGUAUUUUAAAAUAUAAAAA